AUGGAUACCCCGAUGAAAGACCAAGGUACCAAAGAAUACGAUCCUAAGGAGCCUAAUCCUGAAAAACCCAAUCCCGCACAACCUGCUCAAAGCGAAGAUGGUGGUCAAACAUUCCCUCUAAUCGAGCGACCUGACCACGCAUAUGACUUUCGAUCGGACGAGUGUACAGUUCCGACAAUGAACAUGAUCGAAGCUAUCAAGUCGGCAGAACUUGGUGAUGAUCCUUUACGGGGAGAUCAUACCACACAUGAUUUUCAAACAUGGAUGGCAAGCAUCACCGGGAAAGAAGCGGCUCUCUUCGUCGUUUCGCAUAAAAUAGCGAACAAACUUGCGAUAGCGUUACUAAAAGAAGUCACCGCACCGAUGGCCGCCAUAGUAGAUGAUCGAAGCAGCCUCGUGAAGCAAACCCCCAACCUUGCCGGGACAUUCCAAGGAGCCGAGGUGCACGCCGUCAAGCCACUCAAUAGGCAUCACCUAACACUAGACGAUAUCAAAGAUGCUCUUGCGAACAUUAAUGAAACCAAGGCUAUUUUGAUAUGUCUUCAGAACACUCUUAUGGGUACUAUGAUGCCAUUAGAUGAUCAGCAGCGUAUCUACGAAUGGGCGAAGAAGGAAGAACCGCCUGCUUUUGUUCAUCUAGACGGAGAGACACUUUGGGAGGCCAUAGCUGCCGGAUCUGGAACUCUAGAAGAAUUUUGCAAGUAUGCAGAUACCGUUUCAUUAUGUCUAACAAAAGGUGUAUGCGCUCCGGCCGGUUCGGUGCUGGUAGGGGGCGAAUUAAAGGAGGAAUGUGAGACGAAUGUGUUAUGGUUACGGCUCACUGAGAGCGAGAAGCAGAUAUUUCUGACACUGGUAGAUCGUUACGCCUUAAAAGUUAUGAAAGGGGACUUGACCGGCAGGAUCGUACUACAUGCGCAAAUAUGCCCGGACGCUGUGGCCCGUAUGAAGGCUGUAAUGAAUGAUUUUUUCAAAAAGUGA